AUGCUGCCAAAGUCGGGUUUGACACGAGGUCUAGUUCCGUCGUUACAGCACGUGACGGGACCAAAACUCAAAAGCAAAUCGUUUGCAACAGAGAAGGAUUUAAGAAUACAGGAGCUCAACAUUCUCACUCGCAGUCAAGUGCAGAUGCAGGAAGGUCCUUCCCGUCCAAAGCGGCGAAGGGUUUCAAACAGAACUGGUUGCAGAGCUAGGAUUAUGUUUAAGUACAUUGGAGCAGCUGGGUACCAAGUUACAACUUUUAUUGAAAAACAUAAUCACAGCAUGUCUUCGGUUCUGGCAAGGCAGUUUCUAAAGGAAAUAGAAACAUCUCCAGUGUUCACCAGAAGUUUAUACUCAACUGCGCUAAAGCAAAUAUUGGAGCAUCAAAAUCAGACGGUUUAUACAAAACAAGAGAUGUGCCCUGCAUUUGCUUUUGACUACGAGGUUGAUGAAGAUGAGCAGAUGAGCAGACUGUUUUGGGCAGAUCCAAUGUCAAAAAGAAUUUUGCUGCAUUUAGAGAUGUUGUACGAUAUGGCAAUGGGUAUGGAACCAAGAAUAAUUGUCACCGAUCAAGAUCCAGCUAUGAAAGUGGCGAUUCCAACAGUUUUCAAGCAAGCCAGGCAUCGUUAUUGCAUGUGGCACAUCAUGUGUAAAGUUGGGGAAAAGGUGGGUCCUACGCUGAACAAGAAUGAGGAAUUUAGGAACAAACUGAACUUAAUCGUUUGGACGUCAUCUUUGGAACCUCCUGAUUUUGAGAAGCAGUGGAGAGAGCUCAUGGAAAAGUACAACUUAGUCGAACACAACUGGUUUAAAACUAUGUUUGAGGCUAGAAAGCAUUGGAUCCCAGCGUAUUUUAGAGAUGGCUUUAUGGGAGGACUACUCAGGACAACUUCUCGUUCCGAAAGUGAGAACUACACGUACAGCCGUUUUACUGGUCCCCAAUCAAGCCUAGUUGAAUUCAUGAUGAACUUUGACAGUGCUCUUAAAUUACAACGUAACACAAAUGCAAAGCUCAACAGUGACAACGAAGGCUACAAUCCAGAUAUGAAGACGCCUCUGGGAUUGAAAAGCACGCUUCAAUCGUCUACACCAUUACUGUUUUCUAUCAAGUUCAGGAAGAAAUAUGUGCCUCCUGUUGCAAAUGUAUGGUGUUGA